CGAUUGGUAGGGGUAAGAGCCCGAAAUCUCUUUUUAAACUACAACGGAACACUUCCACGCGUAGUGACUUUGUAGCACCGCAAUACGAAUGAUGAAUCGCUGGAUUGGAAAGGUAGCAAUUGUGACUGGCUCGAGCGGAGGAAUCGGUCUCGCUAUAUCGAAGGCUCUGACUAGCCAUGGCAUUAAAGUAGUUGGUUUAGCAAGAAGAAUAGACAAGCUUCACGAAGCUGCCAGAGAAAUUGGAAAGGAUAAGUUUUUCCCGAUCGAGUGCGAUGUAACGAACGAAGAAGAUAUUCUUAAGGUGUUCAAAUGGAUCGACGAAAAGUUUGGUCGCCUUGAUAUUCUAGUGAAUAAUGCUGGAGUUUUUAGUUCCACACCUAUUAUCGACUCAAAAACUGAAGAAUAUCGUAAACUCAUUGAUACUAACUUGAUAGCUCCAGCAAUUUUUGCACGAGAAGCAGUAAAAUCUAUGAAAAAACACAAUGCUAAGGGUCAUAUAAUUAAUAUCUCUAGCAUAGCCGGAUUAUGUCUUGAAUCUAUAUCCAUACCGAUCGGCAUGUACGGUCCUAGUAAAUAUGGCUUAAGAGCUCUAGGGACAGAACUCCGUCACGAAAUAGUCGCAGCUAAGCUGAAUAUCAAAAUCACGAAUAUUAGCCCUGGAGCUGUGAUAACGGAUAUGAUAAAAAGUAUUCGUAAUAUAACACACAUCCCUGAUGAUUAUGGCUUAAAAGAUGCGGACAUCGCUGAAGCAGUGAUCUACGUGCUGGGAACGCCGGAAAAGGUAGAGAUUGCAGAAAUUACGAUAACACCACAUGGCACGGCAACUUCAGGUACUCCACAGCAUAACUGACUCACAGAGUGUCAUCGCUUAGAUGUCGCAACCUGCCGAUUUUAAUAAACCUCACAUCUGAUCACACCAUUACAUCAUUGUUCGAUGGCAAUAAAAUCUGUGUUACUUCUAUCUUGCAAGUAUCGGGGUAAAUCAAGGGAUAUCUCGUUAGUUUCGAUAUCGUCUUAAUGUUCCUUAUUUAUAGUACGUCAUAAAGAAACGUAAGAACGUUGUUUGACUUCAUCAGAAGGAUUCUUUCGGUCCAAUGCAACAUAGAAAAUCGGGAUGUAUUCUUUAAGAAAUAAAACUUUGGAUAUUUCAUGAAAUUAAUUACUUUAUUUAAUAAAUGAGAAGUACUAGAAAAAGAGCUUUUUAUUUUACAUUAAACGAUAUAUUGAAUAAUAUAUAUGAAAUAAUAUAUGGAAGCUAAUGUUUAGUCCAAUAUUUUGUAAAAAUAUUUAGGUAAAUUUUUUCAACUUAAUUCCUAGUAUACACCGUUGUUCAACGGUUAUUUCUUGAAAAUGUAAAUCUUAUAUCUUCUUGUAGGUCUGCUAUAGUUUUUAAUAUAAGAUUAUGCUAAAAUAUUA